AGCGAUCAUGGCAUUGUUCAUUGAUGAAGAUUUCACUUUACUCAAGCAGGACCAGCAGACUGCUGUGGUGGAUCUAAAAGUUAUUUUUGGGGAACCGGACCCUUCUAAAGAAGCAGCGGUUGAAAUGUUUUUUUAUGAAAAUCUUGCAAAAUUUUAAAGAUGUGCGCAGUGAGAGCGGCCUCUCCUUCCCAGAUCCAGACUGGGUUGCUAGCGGGGCAGUGGAGGGUCCCAGGAAAAGGAAGCGCACGAUUUUCAGCCGAGCUCAGCUGUCCGAGCUGGAGCAGGCUUUCGCCGUGACCCCUUACCCAGACAUCACCUUGAGGGAGAGGCUGGCCGCACACACACACCUGCCUGAGAGCAAGAUACAGGUGUGGUUUCAAAACCGAAGAGCCAGAAGUAUCAAAACUGGGAGACUGCCCAAAUCUACGAAACAUGUUCUUGGAAGUAGAGGUCUUGCAGAGCCCAGCUCUGGACUGGUGACCUCGGCAUUCCCUACCUCGACAUAUUUGGCAGACAUGUUCAGACCAGAUCAAGGGCUUUGUGAAGAUAUCCCACAGUUCUACUCUGACUGGAUCCAAAUCUACAAUAACCAUACCCCGUCUCAAUCGUCCCUGCAUCAGCAGUCCAUCCUCAGCACCUCGAAGCGUUCAGAGUCCCGUCUCUGGGAGGGGGAGCGCCAACAGCGGGAGAAACUGUCCACUUUCCUACCCGGUUCAUUUUCUCAGCCCAUCACCAGGCAACCGCAGGUGUCCAGCCACUCCUACCAGCCACACAGGAACCUCAAGACUCAGAGCCUAGCUCCGUCUGGGGCUCAUCAGGCUGUGUGUGGGGGAGGAGUCUCUGUGGACCAGGUGGUUCCUUCUCAGUCCAUGUACUGGGAGGUAAAUCAAGGACAGGGACAUCACCACCUCCAUCAUCAUCAUCAUCACGCACAAAUGGGACCACAGACAUCAAUGGGCUACAUCUCAGACCUGAUCUAUAAUGCUGCUAUUGUGACCAACUUCCUGGAGUUCUGAAGAAAGGAAGAACUGUAAAAAAAAUUCUAGCUGUACCAACACCAACUUCCGUCUAUUUAGUUUAGUCUACUUAUCCUGUUCAAGGACCAUGGAGUUGGAGCCUAUCCCAGUUGAUUUUACGCGAAAGGUGGAUUAUGGACUUUAACUCCUCCUACCUGUUUAAUGAGAAAAUACAUUGCAUUUGCAAUUUUUGGUCUUGUGUUUGUAUGAUCCUUCAACUAAAUGUAGUUUGAUUUUAUUGUCACGUCAGAUUUGUAAUCAAUUUAACUGAAACUGUACCGUGCACAAAAUAAAUCGUGAAAA